AUGGAGAGAGAUGAUUACAUAGCGGAGAAAAAUAGAAUCUACCAUGCUGCAGAGCAGAAUGGGUACAAGAGAUGUUUUGUGGAGAAAAUCCUUCGGAAACACGAGAAGAAGAAAUGGAGAAAAAACAACACCACAUUAGAGCCUGAGAAGGAACAACACGAAAGGAUCAGCCUACCGUACUAUCCCAAAAUAACCAACACAGUCCAGUCUACACUCCGGAAACACGGAUUUCAUGUGGUGUACAAAAGUGAGAGCACCCUGAAAGACCUUUUGUGCAACCUGAAAGAUAGAAUUCCACCGGAUGAAAAAUCAGGGAUCUAUCAGAUUCCCUGCAAAGACUGUACUAGUGUAUACAUCGGUCAAACUCGUCGGAAAUUCAAAAUCCGCCUACGUGAACAUAAGAAUGCGGUGGAUAAUGAACGAGCCAACGAAUCAAGUGUGGCAGCACAUGCUUUAACUCAAGCCCACUGCGUAGACUGGGAGAAGGCAAAAAUUAUUAGAAAUGUACGAAAAGCCUCACAGUUGAAUGCAUGGGAAUCAAUGUACAUCUCAACCAGCGAUUCCCCACUUAUGAAUGAAGAAGAUGCACCAAUAUCAUCUCAACUCUUCCAUCUGACGAAGCUGAUAACUCAGCAAAAUAUAUCUUCGACAAGUAUUGAUAACCGUAUGAAUAUGGGUUAG